AUGUCUUCUGAUCACAAGCAAACCAACCCAAUGACGGCUGCUAAACAUCCCAAGUUAAAGGUCAGCUUAAACUCAAUUUCAAAGCCUGAAGUUGAAAACUCGAUGCAGAAGCUUAUGUCUCAUGAGCUAAAUAAUCUGCUUACGGAGUUGAUGAAGCAUGAGUAUGGAUGGGUGUUCAGCCACCCAUUAGAUGGUACAGAACUUGGCAUUGAUGAUUACCUCACCAUUGUUAAAAAGCCUAUGGAUUUGCGUACCGUGAGAGCUAAGUUAGGGCAGAAUUUGUAUACCUCAGCGUUGGAUUUCGCUGAAGAUGUGAGACUUACUUUUAACAAUGCCAUGUUGUAUUGUCCAGUAGGGCAUGAUGUUCAUAUUAUGGCUGAGUCUCUGUUGAGGUUUUUUGAAGAGAAGUGCAUUCUUAUUGAAAUCCAGUUUGAUAAUCUUCUUAGGAAGGGUAAACCAGUGAAACCUGAAACUGUCACUACUACUACCAUUGAGAAGCCUAGGGAAGAAGAGGAGGCUCCUGUUGAUGAUAGUAGGGACCUUACGCUUGAUGAGAAACGGAGACUCUAUGAAGAGAUUCAAAGCUUGCCUUAUGAUAAGAUAGAUACAGUUGUUCAGAUUAUAAAGAAGAGUAGUCCGGAACUAUCUCUUCUGCAGGAUUAUGAGAUUAAGUUGGAUAUUGAAAGUCUUGAUAUGCAAACACUUUGGGAGCUUUAUAGAUUUGUGAGUGAGUAUAAGGAGAGCUUGAGUAAAAGAAAACAGAAUCAGGGGUUUGGUUCUGAAAGAGAUCCUGAAUCUGCUCACGACAUUAACCAAGACCCGAAUUUUGUAGACUACUGUAGCUACUGGCAUAGAAACUUCAAGAGAUUCUGA